AUGCAGACGCUUACAGGACUCUAUCUUUUUGGAAACCAAAUCGGACAAGAAGGUGCAGAAGCUCUUGGUGAGGCCUUACAACAUAACACAGCACUCACAGAACUUUGGAUCCAAGGGAAUCAAAUCGGUGAUAAAGGUGCACGAGCUCUCGGUGAAGCCUUACAACAUAACAUAGCACUAGAAAAACUCUACCUCGCAGGAAAUCAAAUUGGAGAAAAAGGUGCAAAAGCUCUUGGUGAGGCCUUACAACAUAACACAGCACUCACAAAACUCUACCUCGCAGGAAAUCAAAUCGGAGAAAAAGGUGCAGAAGUUCUUGGUGAAGCCUUACAAAACAACACAAAAAAAAUUCGAAAACAUGUUAAAGUUCCGUAUAUCUGGCUAAAACCAUUUUAA